UGGUAGUACCGGAUUGUUGUUGGCAAUUCUGCUCUUUGAGAUAAGAUUGGAUGAGAUGGAUGAGAUCUAGACUGUAACGCAUUCUGUUCAUGGCUCACCGUACUACUAAAUUCUUCAUAAUUCUCAUAAAUGGCACGUUCUUGCAUGAUUUAGAAAUAAGAAUAUUAAGAUAAUUAUUUAAUGCAGUAGUAUAAGGAGUAUUAGUUAACUACGAAAUUACCGCAUCUUGCUUUCGAAUUUCCCGUUUUAAUCCCAUGUGGUUGCCCACGUGAACGAUCCACAAUAUGGCUAGAGUAGAAACUUCACAGCUGAUUAUUGUUUAUACUGUCACUGCCGCAUACCCUGGUAUUGUAUUCCAUUCCAUUACAAUUGCUGAUGUCAACUUCGUCUUCGUGUUUAUUGUGGCCUAGGCUUGCUAGUAGAAUUACUUUUUGAAACCUCUACAUCGAUUGCUCUUGAUUAAUAAAUGAAAUUUCUGCAUUUUUUUGUUUACUUUAAUUUUUUUUCGAACAUUAGAUUGAAAUUGGAUGUUCGUAUUGGAACUAGCUACUAAAUAAUGUCAGCCUCCCGUAUCUUUCCGUGUUUCAGUUGGUUGAGACCAAGCUGGGCCCAGCGAGUAUUAUAAGGCGAGGUAAGGCGAGGCCAGGAUUCGGCCUCACUCUUGGCCUGCACUGUGCCCAUUCUUGACAUGUGUGGUCUUCAAGCUGCAUUUAAGAUAACGUAGAGUUCAACGUAAUCUCAAAAGUUGUUGAAUCGUGUGCAUCGUUGCAGGAUAUCAAACGCAUACUCUGAUCAAAAGUACACAUAGGAAUGGUGCUAUUAAGUUACGUACUUCGCACGAGUACCCAAUACACACCGAAAAGUUUGUAUAAGUAUCUUCUUAGACAGUGCGAUAAAUUACCUAGUGAUGCAGCGCAGCAUUAUAAACACGCAAUCAAACAGAGUUACAAGCAACAUAUACUCGAAACUGAUCAACAACGGGUUCAACAAAUUAUCAAGCGAGCUGUGGAAGAUGCAGAAUGGGUAAUAAAGAAGUACACUGAGAAGAAUAGAGGAUAAAUUCCUGCUUGUUUCGUAGAUCCCUUGAGUUUUUUAGUCUUCAACAUUUUGAAAUAUGGAGUCGUCACCAGAUGUAAUUUUAUGUAGAUCUCCAUUGGAAGAUAUUUCUCAAUAUCAACAAGCUGUAGAACGGUGGCAUAGAAACCCACAUUAUGUGAAUAGACGAAUUUCCACUUCUGUACCUCUGUUCACUGCAAAAGUGCAACAUCCAGAACGUAGCCAUGAUCUUCUUGGACUAAUUAUAAAAUGUGAGAUGACAUCAAAUAUGGAAAUAACAUGUAUAAUAGAUUCAUUAAAACAAAAUGGUAUGGUUAUCAAAAAUGAAAAUUCAUCUGAAGAUAACACAAAUUAUUUAAAUUUGGAGAUAAGGAAGCUUCUACCACGUUAUAACAAAGUAUUUAAAGAAAUGCUCCAGAUCACUAUCUCAGAUUCUAUUCCGAGUGAAUACAUAUUUAUUGGUUUACCUUAUGGAAAAGGGGUUAUCAGUUCUCCCUUGGCCCCAGUUUAUCCUUUUAGCAUUCAGUUUGUGAAUGAGGAAAUGCUGCUUGUAAUUUUUGGAAUAAAUGCUGUGAAUGACAAAGCAGCUGUCUGGUUAAAAGAAUGCCUAUUCCCAAAAUUGCAACGCUGGUCAGAAGAAAAUCCAAAUCAAUCUUCACCUGGAAUAGAGUCAUUGUCCUUAAUUUAUGCUGAUCAGUAUUCUGUGCUUUACCAGAACCUGAAGGAAAAAUAUGGACAAAAAUUCGUUGAAAUUUGGUCCGAAAGAACAGAUCCCCAGAAGUUUGUGUAUGAAGAUGUAGCUAUAGCUACCUACUUGUUACUUCUCUGGGAAGCACAGCGUUCUCAACAGAAUCGUCCUAAUUGGAAGCAAUCAUUUGUUGACAUGGGAUGUGGCAAUGGCCUUCUUGUUUACAUCUUGAACAGUGAAGGACAUCCAGGAUUAGGUGUGGAUGUACGAAAACGUGGCAUUUGGGAUCUGUAUCCAUCAUCCACCCAACUAAAGGUCCAGACAUUUGUGCCUUCCAACUGCAACACCUUUCCUGAGGCUGAUUGGAUAAUUGGGAAUCAUUCAGAUGAACUCACUCCAUGGAUUCCAGUGAUAGCAUCAAAAAGUUCUUAUAAAUGCAGUUUCUUUCUUUUACCAUGCUGUGCAUAUGUUUUCAGUGGUCAUAAAUAUCAGAGGCAAGACUCUUCUCGUAGUCAGUAUUCUGAGUACUUGGAUUACAUAAAAACAAUUUGUGAAAAAUGUGGAUUUGUUACUAAAUUUGAUAGGCUUAAGAUUCCAUCAACAAAAAGAAUUUGCCUUGUAGGUUCAGAAAGAAAUUAUUUGGAGAAUAAUUUUAAAGAUAAACAGAGAGAGAUAAUUGAAUUUAUCCAAACAUGUUCGGAAGUGCCGGAAGAAUCUUCUAAAAUUAGUUCUGAAAGCACCCAUUCUUCGAUUGAUUCCUGUUCCUCGGAGAUGUGGACUUCUCAUUUCAUAGCUAGAGAAGCGAAAGAAGAAGUGAGAAAUUGUACUAAGAUAAAGGAAGGCAUAUCCAACAAGAUUAUUGACAUUGUUGUACAAAUGUUAUUAGCAGAAAACAAUUUGAUUCCUGUCAAAGGAAAAGAUGGAAAGGAAAAAAUGUGGAAUGCAGGAUGCUGUGUGAAACUGGGUGAUGUCGCAGCAUUGUUGCCAAAGAAACUCUUAUUAGAAUUAAAGAAGGAGUGUGGUGGCCUGCAAACCCUGUUAAGAAAUAAUCACGAAAUUUUUUCUGUUAUAAGUGGCUCUGUUAAGCUUUCCAGACCAGCUACUGUUGAAGAAAAGGUUUCAAGAUUUAAGAAUAACAAGAGAAAAGUAGAAAUCAAACUGAAGCAAAAACCUUGUUGGUUUUUUAAUUUUCAUCCAGAUGGGUGUCCACUUAAUACUGAAGAAUGUUCAUUUUGUCAUUGAUCCUAUGUGUGAAUAUCAAAUUGGCAUAAUUAUUUUGAUAAAUACCAUCCUGCUUAGUUUAGUUUGUACAUAACAUAUGUGUGCAUAAAAUACUUACUAGUUUUCAUUAUUUUAUAAUGAUUUUAUAAUUUGAAAUACAAAAGAUGUGUAUUUACUGCAGCAAUAUAAUGGCAGAAAUAUUGCUUUAUUUUUUGAUUAAGGCUUAAUAAGCAUUAAAGCUUAUAAUGAAAUUAUGUACUUUCAAUCCCCUACUUCUCUCGAUACAUAAUAAAUUAAGUUGAUUGUCCUGAUGAAAUAAACGUGUGAUAAAUGGUUCUUAGAGAAGCUCUGCUGUUUGCUAUGAUAGCACUAUUAGAUAUUUCAAAAAUGCUUAAAGCUUCGUUAAGUUUUGGAAGUAUGUUUAAUGUUUACUUUUAUAUAUCAAUAAUUUUCAUAUAUGACUUUUACCUUUGCUUUCCAUUUUCACAGAUUUUAUUACAGUUAGUUCUGCACUCUCUUUACUAUUUACUGUGUUA